AGUAAAAAUAAAAAGUGUUCUAUAUUAUUAACCCUAGUCUUUAUCUCUGAAGUAUCGCCGGAACCCUUUCCACCCCGCGCCACCACCGUCAGUGAAGUCUCCGGAGAUGGGAGAGCUUGUCGCUGAGAAACAUGUUCGAUAUAUACUAUCAAUUGAAAAGAAGAAAGAUAGUUUUGAAUCUGUGGUAAUGGAACAUCUCAGGAUGAAUGGAGCAUACUGGGGAUUAACUACCCUUGAUCUUCUUGGAAAACUCGACACCGUUGAUGUUGAUGAGGUUGUUUCAUGGAUCAUCAGUUGCCACCACCAUGAUGGGGGAUUUGCUGGAAAUGUUGGACAUGAUCCACACAUUUUGUAUACACUCAGUGCAGUGCAAGUGCUAGCUCUCUUUAAUAAGCUUCAUCUUAUUGAUGCUGAUAAGGUUACAAAUUAUAUUGUUAGCCUGCAAAACGAAGACGGGUCUUUUUCAGGGGAUAUAUGGGGUGAAGUUGAUACCCGGUUCUCAUACAUUGCUAUUUGCUGCCUAUCAAUAUUACGUCGAUUGGAUAGAAUAAAUGUGGAGAAUGCUGUGAAAUACAUUAUAAGCUGCAAAAACAUGGAUGGUGGAUUUGGUUGCACACCUGGUGGGGAAUCUCAUGCUGGACAAAUUUUCUGCUGUGUGGGGGCCCUUGCUAUAACGGGGUCACUAGAUCUUGUUGACAAGGACUUACUUGGUUGGUGGUUAUGUGAGCGACAAGUUAAAUCCGGAGGUCUGAAUGGGCGUCCAGAGAAACUCCCUGAUGUAUGCUACUCAUGGUGGGUUCUUUCUAGCCUGAUCAUGAUUGAUAGGGUUCACUGGAUCAGUAAGGAGAAGCUUAUAAAGUUUAUCUUGGACUGCCAGGACACAGAAAAUGGUGGGAUUUCAGACAGACCGGAUGAUGCUGUGGAUGUCUAUCAUACAUACUUUGGGGUGGCUGGAUACUUCUAAAGUUCUUCUUAAAGGUCACAUUGGUGUUGAUGGCUUGUACCAGUUUGAUAGUCCUCCUGUGUCUCAACCAGCUCCUCAACUAUCUGCUUCAAGUCUAAGUUUCAACUCCAAAUGUCAAGCUAAUGAGUGCUUCUCUUACUCUAGCUUUCCUAGCACUAAGUUUCAAUGUAAUAAUCUUGGAAGUACUUAUACUCCAAUCAGUAGUAGUAGUAACAUUAGUAAAUCUAUUGUUUCUUCUCUGUCUAUGUACAAAGUCUGGCACAAUAGGCUUGGCCACCCUCAUCGUGAGGUUCUUAGGAAUGUAAUGAAAUUGUGUUAUCAAAAUCUUCAUAAUAAAAGUGUCACAGAUUUUUAUUCUA